GAUAACAGUGAGUGAGAAGCCCAAAGCGGGUUCUAGUAUAGCUUUUACUUUGAAGAAGUCAAAAGUGGAGAUAAUUCAAGUUAAAUUACAUGUAACAAGUUUUCCCAAUUCUUGCCAAAAUAUACGGAGUUAAAAGUUAGUUCUAAUGGAAACUGUAAUUCUUGCAUACAGUGGAGGACUAGAUACUUCAUGCAUUUUGGUUUGGUUAAUAGAGAAAGGAUACGACGUUGUAGCGUUCUUGGCUGAUGUUGGUCAAGAUGAAGACUUUGAAGAAGCCAAGGAAAAGGCAGAAAACCUGGGAGCAAAAAAGGUGAUUAUUAAAGAUCUGAAGAAAGAGUUCGUGGAAGAUUUCAUCUGGCCAGCCAUCCAAGGAGGAGCAAUAUAUGAAGAUAGAUAUCUGCUAGGAACUGCUCUAGCAAGACCAUGCAUUGCAAAAGCUCUAGUUUCUGUUGCCUCAGAGGAAAAUGCAACGUUCAUCUCUCAUGGCGCAACAGGAAAAGGAAACGAUCAAGUUCGAUUUGAGCUGUCUUGUUAUGCUUUGAACCCUAAACUGAAAGUUAUAGCACCAUGGAGAAUGGCAGAAUUUUAUGAACGUUUUCCAGGCAGACAAGAUUUGAUUUCCUAUGCCCAGGAAAAGAAUAUUCCGGUACCAGUGACCCCAAAAUCACCAUGGAGUAUGGAUGCUAAUCUCAUGCAUAUCAGUUACGAAUCUGGAGUACUGGAAGAUCCAUGGAGUAUUGCUCCUGAAAACUUAUUUCGGAUGACGAAGGAUCCUGCUAAAUCGCCUGAUGAGCCAGUCACUUUAGAUAUUGAAUUUGAGAAAGGUGUCCCUAUGAAAGUAACAAAUUUAGAAGAUGGAAUAAUAAAAGAUACUUCUCUUGAGCUAUAUCUAUAUCUGAAUCAUAUAGGGGCGAUACACGGAAUUGGAAGAAUUGACAUCGUAGAAAAUCGAUUUAUUGGCAUCAAAUCUAGAGGAGUAUACGAAACACCUGCUGGAACGAUUUUGCAUGCCGCUCAUACAGAUCUUGAAAUCUUCGUUUUGGACAGAGAAGUCUACAAACUGAAAAAAUAUCUGGCAGUCAAAUUCUCCGAGCAGAUUUACAACGGUCUGUGGUUUAGUCCGGAAAGCGAGUUUACUUUGUCUUGCUUAAGGUCAAGUCAGAAAAACAUGAGUGGAACCGUGAGGGUUCUCUUAUUCAAGGGGAGCGUUUGCAUUCUGGCUAGGAAAUCAAAUUCAUCGACUUACAAUCAAGAUUUAGCAAGCAUGGACAUUCAAGGAGACUGUACUCCAAGUGAUGCAGAUGGGUUUAUCAAAGUCAAUGCUAUAAGAUUGAAGGAAUAUUUUCGUACGCAAGUUUCAGAAAACAACCUUUGAUUAUGAAGCCAAGGAGCAAUAAAUAAAAAUUUUAAAUUACGAAA